AUGUCAGAUUCUGAUCUGCUCCAGUCUGCGGUUCGCGUGCCCACGCCGCCCCCAGGCGUGUCAUAUUCGCCAGCCGCAGCUUCUCGGAAGCGCUCGCCUCCGUCUCGUUCUCCCUCUCCCAAUCGUCGACGGUCGCCCCCCGGUGAUUCAGCCAGAGAUGGCCCCGAGGCGCCCAAGCUCGACGCAGACCGUGCCAUCGACAGAGAGCGCCAGCUCGCUGAGCGCGUUCGCGAACAUGAGAAGCGCGAAGCUGCCCGGAAGCCUCUGAGCGAAGAGGAAAAACAGGCAUCGGCAAAGGUUGAAUACGAAAAAUUGCUCAACAUGCGAUCGGGUGGUACCUACAUCCCUCCGGCUCGACUCCGCGCGCUGCAGGCGCAAAUUACAGACAAGACGAGCAAAGAAUAUCAACGCAUGGCUUGGGAAGCAUUGAAGAAAUCGAUCAACGGUUUGAUCAACAAAGUCAACGUUUCCAACAUUAAGUUUAUUGUGCCAGAGCUCUUUAGCGAGAACUUGGUCCGAGGCCGUGGCUUGUUCUGUCGAUCCAUUAUGAAAGCGCAAGCCGCCAGCUUGCCGUUUACCCCGAUUUAUGCGGCAAUGGCCUCGAUCGUGAACACAAAACUGCCACAGGUUGGAGACUUGCUGCUUUCCCGGCUAAUUGUUCAAUUCCGAAAAGCAUUCAAGCGAAAUGACAAGGCAGUGUGCAUUUCUUCCACGACAUUCAUUGCUCACCUCUGCAAUCAGCAGGUCGCCCAUGAGAUGCUGGCUGCUCAGGUUUUGUUGCUACUUCUGCAUAAGCCAACAGACGACAGUGUGGAGAUCGCGGUCGGACUGACUCGAGAGGUCGGGCAGCAUUUGGAGGAAAUGAACGCCCCGAUCGCACUCGCUGUAUUCGACCAAUUCCGCAACAUUCUACACGAGGCCGACAUUGAUAAGCGUGUGCAAUAUAUGAUCGAAGUGCUUUUCCAAGUGCGCAAGGACCGAUACAAGGACAACCCUGCGAUUAAGGAGGAGUUGGAUCUUGUCGAGGAGGAGGAUCAGAUUACGCAUCGUGCUGGCCUGGACGACGAGUUGGAAACGCAAGACAAUCUCAACAUCUUCAAGUUUGAUGCGGAGUGGGAGGAGCACGAGGAGGCCUACAAGAAAUUGAAGGCUGAAAUCUUGGGUGAGGAUAGUGACGAGGAUGAUGAGGAUGGGUCCGAUGAAAGCGAAGAAGAAGAGUCGGACACUGAAGAACAGCAGAUGGAUAUCAAGGACCAGAGCAACACUAACCUGGUUAAUCUUCGACGAACCAUCUACCUUACGAUAAUGUCCAGUAUUGAUUUCGAAGAAUGCUGCCACAAGCUGAUGAAGAUCAACCUGCCGGUCGGGUUGGAGCCUGAGCUACCAUCUAUGAUCAUUGAAUGUUGUUCUCAGGAGCGAACAUACUCCAAGUUCUAUGGUUUGAUUGGAGAGCGCUUUGCCAAGAUCAACCGAAUGUGGUCUGACCUUUUUGAGGCUGCCUUUGCCAAAUACUAUGAUACUAUUCAUCGUUAUGAAACGAAUCGCCUCCGCAACAUCGCACAGUUCUUUGGCCACUUGAUCAGCAAUGAUGCUAUCGGCUGGCAUGUCUUGUCGGUGAUUCACCUCAACGAAGAGGAGACUACAUCCAGCAGCCGUAUCUUCGUUAAGAUUCUGUUUCAAAACUUGGCAGAAAAUCUUGGUGUGUCUGGAUUGCAGACCCGCUUCAGAGAUGAGGUUCUCCGGCCAAGCUUUGAGGGUCUCUUCCCUACAGAGAACCCUCGUCACACCCGUUUCUCGGUCAACUACUUCACCAGUAUUGGUAUGGGUGCGUUGACAGAGGACAUGCGCGAGCACCUCAAAAAUCUUCCUCGUCCCACAGAUCUCCACACUCCCGCCGUUCCCGGUCAAACUCAUAUUCGCGCUCUCCUUCCAGAGAUCGUGGCCGCUCCAACUCUCGCUCUAUCACCCCAUCUUCUCGUGGCCGAAGCUACACGCCUUCCCGCUCUCGGUCCGCAGGCCGCCGUCGUGGCGCAUCCUACAGUCGAUCUCGGACUCCUUCAGACCGAUCUCGAUCCCGAUCCCGAUCCCGAUCUGUCUCUCGCACACCAGCGAAGCGCAGCCGAGCCCGCUCGGAUUCACGAAGCCCCAUUCGAAGCCGCAGUCGUAGUCGCAGUCGCAGCCCAUAUCGGUCCCGUCGUUCCAUCACCCGCUCUGCUACACCAGACGACAAAACCCGUUCCAAGAGGAACCGCAGCUACACCAGAUCAAUUUCCCGAUCGGUCACGCCCGUACGUCGCGGUCAAAGCUCUGGCAGAAGAAAUCGAAGCUACACGCGGUCAGUUUCUAACUCUGUAUCGCCUCCACCCCGCAAACGUGAUAUUUCGGUUCCUCGUUCUCCUAUUCCCAAACGUCGUGCAGAGUCACGGGGUCGAAGCUACUCUAGGACGCCUCCUCGUCGUCGAUAAACGGGUGGUUGUAAUGUGA